CCCGGAAAAAGCACCUGCACUGAGAAGUUGUAAACAGACACCUCUUACAAGCAGACAUCAUAACUACAGAAGCUUAUCUUUCGGUUGAUCAUCAGGGAAGGGACAAGGAAGUUUGAAGCAAUAAAGAAAGUGAAGUGAAAUAAAUCUGCGGCUUUACACGCGUUGUCAGAACUCAUAAGGAGACAGAGCUGCGAACACAGGAUCUGACUAUUUACACGGAUUACAGCACACCUGCCACAAAAGCGUCAGCCAGAAGCCUUCUUUUGGAGAACUACACCUGUUUGGUUGGCCAGUACAGGUGCACAAUGUCAAGUUCACCCGAAGUGUGGCUCACAGAGUCUUCAAAUACCAUGGUGGAUGUAGAAAAGACUUCAUUAACUCAGCCAGAAUGCUCCAUCUGUUUCAAUGCUUAUGAUAACAUUUUCAAAACCCCAAAACUUCUGGAAUGUACACACACAUUCUGUUUGGAAUGUGUAGCCAGACUUGUAGCGUCCACACCUGCAGAUCAAUGCACAGAAGGUAUCUCAUGCCCAUUCUGUAGGCAGCCAACAUCAAUCCCAGCAGAUGGGGUCCCUGGGCUUCGAACCAGCCAAGAGGUGCUCUCCAACCUUCCAGCCCACCUUCAGCAUGAAGAACCAGUCUGGAUUGAAGGCAACAAGCUGUGCUAUAAACGUCCAUUAGGAUCUGAAACUGAUACGAGUGAUUUUUGCAUUUGCAUAAAUGUUGGACUCACUAAAGCAGACAACAUGUCUAGGUCAACAGGACAUAGCGGUAAUCUUUUAGGUCAGUGUGGACUCUUACAUGACUGGAAACGGCUGCUAAUUCUUAUUGUUUUAAUCUUAAUUUUAGUUUGCAUUAUACUCUGGCCUGUUCAGUGCAUUUUCACCACAGGUAAUUUCCGUUGUAUACGGCACCCAGAUUUUACAGAUCUGUUUCAAACAAGUACACCAACAGCUUUCACAAGCUCAUAAGACAGUAAGUGGGUUUUAGAUGACACAAGUGCCAUGUAUGAGUAACUAUUCCCUUGCUUAAGGUUACUUCAAGACAUGAACUAAUUUCUUGCAUGAGGUCAUGUAAUAAAGAUCAUAAAAUAUGAAUCAUUGGGAGUUACAUGACAAUUCCUGCAUAAUUGUGGUAUUACACACAUUUUUCGUGGACAUGUAUUUUUCGGGGUAGUUCUUUAGUACCUGGCAUUAAAAAAAAUACGGAUUAAACAGAAAGUGCAUUCCACUUGAGCAGAAGUGGUUUCAUGCAUCUAGAUUUGAAAGAUCAUAACAUCUACAUGGACAAAAAAACUUUGUGUUGCAUCAAACUAUAUUUUGUUUAAUAUUUUCUUGAAAGAAAGUUUAUUUGGGGAAGAAGUGUGGUGGAAUUAACAGUGGUUUGUAACAAAGUACUGUACUCAUUAACUGAGGAUUGUGGUACUAUGGUUGUGGUGUAUGUGUACUGGGGAGGUUAUUACAACCAUUAAGAAACAUCUUUAUAUUCAGCACCAGUCAAGCUGUUUGUAAUUCUCCGAACACCCAUCAGUGACAAUGAAUGCAGGUGUUUAUAAAUAUCUGAACUCACAUUAGUGAUGAUGAAUGAAGGUGUUUUAUUUUGUAUUGUUGGUGCUGGAGAGGUAACUUGUACAUUUGCUCUCACUUCCUUCAUAGCUUAUGGCUGUUGACUGUUUUAUUAACAGUACUUGGUUUAGCCAAUUUGUUUCCUUUGGCCCUCAGGAAGAUUUUAAAAUUAGAUGGCAUAUUGGGGGAGGUCAGCUUCAACUAAAGUAAAUUCCUCCAUGAAAUUAACAUUGAAUAAGUACUGCAUUUCAUCACUGGAAUAUUAACACAGAACUGUAGCAUGAUGUCAUAAUGUGAUGUUUGGCUAAUGUUGCAUCACAGAGUUUAAACAGGUCUCUGUCCAAAUUACUGGCUAGUUUGUACAACUUUGAAAUGUAUGUAAAUGUAUGCAUUUGCAUUAUACAGUACAUGAGCCUUACUCUGACAGUUUUAUGAUAUAAAACAAAUUACUACAAUAAUUAAGUUAUUGCAUUAAUACCUGCUGACAAUCAAGAGUAUAAUUGCUUGUAAUGGCUUGCACAUUGGUUAACUUGUUUAUAUGUUAUUUGUUACCUUGGAAUCUGUACAGUCACUUGUUAAAUAUGAGAAGGAACAAUUUAUUGUGCAAGCAAGACAAGUCAGUAUGAUAUAUUUUUCCUUGUAUUGCAAUUUUGUUGUACUGCAGCAACUAUAAACAGGUUAACUAACUGAUAAAAGAAGAACUUACUGUCUGUCAUGGAACAAAAGGAAUAUAGAUACUGAGAGUGACAGCUAAAUCCAAUACAAUCCUUGUUGUAAUUUUAUAACAGCACUACAUGCACCUACAUUUUUAUACAGUAAAUAUUUUCAAAUUAAAUUGUAAAAAUAAUAAUUGCUUUUUUACAACUCUUUAUACAAUUUUGUAAUAAAAUAAUACAUUUUUAAAU